AUGCGCAGGGGCCUGCUCGCAGCCGAGGCGAGCCUCACUCCUCUCCACUCGCAUCCGUAUCGCCCAGCAUCCAUCCUCGCAUCAGCGCUUGUCUUGGUCCUAGCUAGCUGCCUCAAGGCUCCAGAGCAGUGGUGCGCUCGAGCCUAUUUGCGGCGCAGCAGGAAGCUCAAGCACCCAUCGCAGCUCGGCGUGGCGUAUCUUCAAGCCCAGCACUGUUGGAGCUCGACCGUCAAUCCAUCCUGGCAGCACGCGCCAAAAGCAGCCAUGUACCGUCAGGAUCGCCCGUUCACAUGGGGCGGCGCCCAAGCAGGCUCAUCUUAUCUGGACGCCAACUCUCCCUCGAUGGAGUCGAGCACCUUUGGCUUCGAGCCAAGCGUCCCGGAUGCCUAUCGACAGGCGUGGAACGUCAUCGUCACAGGCUCGCCGAGCGACUCCUUCUCGGUUCCCAUCGACGCCGACGUGCCGCUCGGCUCGCUCCACAGCUUCCUCGGCUCGGCCGCCAAACUCGGGCCGGGAAGCGCCGAGCAGAUCGUGACCAUCGCUUGCAAAGGCUCGCGCUGCUCUCGUACCGACUUCUACCUCGCACUGGGGCUGCUGCACCAGAUGCAGCAAGGUGACGAGCUCGAUGUGCAUGCGACCCAGCAGAGGCUCAAUGCAGGCACUCUCGGCGUGCCUACACUGCAUCUUGCUGAGCACGCCUCGGGGGCGCGCAACAGCCACACCUUUCCACCCGCAGCUGCGCCGUCCGGCUUCAGCAGAUCAGACCCACGCCCAGCUGGCCCGAUGCGCGAAAUGUCGGAUCCGUGGAACCCGAGCGGCAACAGCAGCCUCAACGGCAACGAUCACCGAUCCACACCCAACCACGUCUACGAUGGCAUGCCGCAUCAGCACGACGCUGGCAUGAGCUACGAUUCGGCCUUCCGCGGCGGCUUUGCGGCCAAUGGAUCUUCCGGGGUGGACCGCACGAGAAGCACGCUGGCCGAUCCAAGACGCUCGCAGCAGCUGUACACCCACGCCGAGGAUGCGCCGAAUGCCUUUCUGGCAGCCGACCAGUCGCGGCGCAAUCCAACUGCACGACAGGAGCGGCCGUUCUCGUACAUGUCGGACACGGCCGAGACAAAUGCGGCGGAUGCGACGGAAGAUCCGUCGGCGGAGCUGCCCGAGGACGUAGUGGCGGUGCGGCUGCGCAGCGAGCUGGAGGGAUUCAUCAUCAAGCACAACGUGUACGUGGUGACGUCGAGUCUGCGCAAGUCGUCGGUGACGCGGCGGUACAGCGACUGGCUGUGGCUGGCGGAAUGCCUGGUGAAGCGCUAUCCGUUCCGCUGCCUGCCCGUGCUGCCGCCGAAGCGGAUCGCGAUGCCGAUCGCCGGACGCCAUCUGAGCGCGGACGAUCUGUUCAUCGAGCGGCGUCGGCGCGGACUGGAGCGCUACCUGCGCAUGCUCACGUGCCAUCCGAUGCUGCGCAGCGACAAGCUCGUCGAGGUAUUUUUCACCGAGCCGCGCUCGAUUGCCGAGUGGAAGAGCUCGGCGCCGGCGUUGUUCCUGGACGAGGAAGGGCUGGUCAAGAUCGUGGACGAGGCGGAGCGCAUGAGCAUCCCCGAGGAUCUCGAGCUCAAGCUCACGCAGCAGCGCAAGGCGAUUCCGGAGCUGCUCGAGAGGUGGACGGCGAUGGUGGCGCUGUUUGAGCGCAUCGUCAAGCGCAACGAUGCGGCGGCGGCCGACACUUCCAGGCUCAACUUUUCGCUGCUCUCGGUGAUCGAGACGUCGGCCAAACGGUGGAGGCCCGGGAGCGACAACUCGCAGCGCACCGAAGAGGUCAUGACGACCACGGCGGGCAUCUUGCAGGAGCAUUCGGACCUGACUGCGUCGCGCGUGAGUGCCGUAUCGCUGUCGACGCUCGAAGGGCUCAAGGCGCAGCGCGACCUGAUCGUGUCGUUCCGCGACCUGGUGGCACGCAUCGACCGGCAGAUGGUGGACCCGAUCGACAUGCUCAAGAAGCGCAUCGAGGCGACGCAGAGGAAGCUCACCACGCUCGCCACCGCGCCUGGCCCCGCGGCGAGCACCGAGCAGGAGCAGGCGACGCUAUCGGCGCAGGUCAAGCAGGACACGCUGUCGAUCCAAAAGUACCUCAACCGGCGAAUCCACGCCAAGAAGACCAUCUGGGAGGAACUGAUCUGGUUCCACCACCGCUUCAAGGCCGUCGAACACGACCUGCACAAGUUUGUGCGCGACGAGACCUACUUCCUCGCCAACCUCACGCGCACCUGGGAGACGGCCGAGAUGAAGAUGAAGAUGAUCCGCUGA